AUUAUGGCUUAAUCUUUGAUUUAUCAAGUAAUAGUAAUACUGUAUUACAAAGUCGUUUUUCAUAUCAGUUGCAACGCGAUAAAUAUAUUUGGUUAAAAAUUAAAAUGAGUCCAGCGAAUAAUACAAUACUCGAUCAAUUGAUCAAGCCCAAUGUAAACGAAGAAUAUGCAAAAUAUCUUGUUGAGCAACGUUACGGAUUGAAAGUGAAAAGCAUUUCCAAGCUUAACGCUUAUGAUGACAGAAACUAUCAUGUACUCUGCGAGAAUCGAUUUCAUAGCAGUAAUCCUUACAUAGCAAUGAUUGCUAAAGAUGGGUACGUUUUGAAGAUUAUUAACAGUUUAGAUUCUCGCAAUACAGACUUCAUUGAAGCACAGAACGAACUGUUGUUAUUUCUUGAUAAAAUGGGCUUUAUUUGCCCAGUUCCUGUAAGGCAAAAAGACGGUUCGUAUUACUCAAUGGAAAUGUUUGAUAAAGAAGGGCCAAUACAUGCGUUGCGAGUUCUAGUUUUUCGUCAGGGUGUAAUUUUAAACAACGUUUAUGCUUCUGUUGAACUUUUAAAGCAAAUUGGCUUAUAUGUUGCUCGUUUGGAUAGAACAAUGGAAAAGUUUUCACAUCCGGCAUAUGAAAAUCAAACAUCUAUAUGGAUUUUAUCAGCUGUACCAAAGCUUAGAGACUUUUUAUUUGUCUUAGAUGAUAAAAAAGACGUUAAUCUAAUCGAGAAGAUUAUAGUAGAUUUUGAGACGAAAGUACUAUCUAUCAUCAAAAAUUUGGACGAAGGAAUUGUACAUGGUGAUUUAAAUGAUGAUAAUAUAAUUGUAAAUGCAGAUGGAAAUAAUAUAGAAGCUAUCAUAGACUUUGGAGAUUCUCACAAAAGUUGUUUCAUAUUUGAAUUGGCGAUUUGUCUAUGUUACAUAAUUAUUUGGACUAAUGAUAUCGAUUUAGUUAAACACGUAAUCGAGGGUUAUCGAAUAGUCAGACAGUUGGCACAGCAAGAAAGAGAAAUAUUAAAAUUAUGUAUUUGUGCGAGAUUUGCUCAAAGCUUAGUUCUUGGAAUUUAUUCGUGCCAGAGAGAGCCAAACAAUAAAUAUUUGAUACGAUCUCAUAAAGCUAAGUGGUUACUAUUAAAAAAGCUUUGGGCAAUGGAUGAUCUAGAAGUAAUGAACAUUUGGAGUAUUAAUAAUUAAUUGACAAUAUGCUAUCCAAUUAAAGGAUAGACCAGUUAAUCCUUGAAAUUUUAUAAGUAUUAAAUAUUA